CAUCGUAAGCAAUCACAGAGGCAAACAUAGCAGACACUAAUGUGAACCCCCGGCCGCCACCUUAGUUAAAAAUGACGUCUUCUCACUCGCUCUCUCUCUCCUGCUCCCUUCCUUCCUUUCUUCUUCUUCCUCUUGUCUAAUUAAAAUUCAAAAUCAUUACGACUCUCUGUUUCUAAUUCACUAUCCAUUAUCCAACAUGUCAACGCUCUUUUCUUCUCCGUUCCUGCUCUGUUUUCUCUGCCUUUUCUCUUUUGUUAAAUCCGACGAGCUUCAGAUACUUUUGAAUGUCAAAACCGCACUUCAGAAUUCAAACACCGAUGCAUUUGAUUCAUGGAGAUCAAGUAAUUCUGUUUGUAAAUUUACUGGAAUUACUUGCAAUUCAGUUAAUUCCGUCGCAGAAAUCGAACUGUCUCAUCAAAACUUAGUCGGCGCUGUUCCUCUGGAUUCAAUUUGCAAUCUUCAAUCUUUGGAAAAGCUUUCACUUGGUUUCAAUUCCUUGUCGGGUAGAAUCACUGCUGAUUUGAAUAAAUGCACGAAAUUACAAUAUUUGGACCUUGGAAACAAUCAUUUUAACGGUCCAUUUCCAGAGUUUUCCUCUCUGUUUCACUUACAGCACCUGUUCUUGAAUCGAAGUGGAUUUUCGGGUGUUUUUCCAUGGAAAUCCCUGGAAAAUAUUUCAGGUCUUGUUACUCUGAGUGCAGGGGACAAUCCAUUUGAUCCGACGCUGUUUCCAUCUGAGAUUGUGAAGCUAACAAAGUUGAAUUGGCUUUAUCUAUCGAAUUGCAGUAUAGGAGGCACAAUACCAGAAGAUAUUGGAAAUCUUCCUGAGCUAAUAAACUUGGAACUUUCCGAUAAUAACAUUACCGGCGAGAUUCCUUCGCAGAUAGGAAUGCUCAAGAACCUCUGGCAAUUGGAGCUCUACAACAACAGCUUGACCGGAAAAUUACCAUUUGGGAUGAGAAACCUAACUAAACUGGAGAAAUUCGAUGCGUCGAUGAAUUAUCUGGAAGGCGACUUGUCUGAAUUGAAAUUCUUGACUAAUCUGGUAACUCUGCAGCUAUUCGAAAACGAGCUCUCCGGUGAAAUUCCGGUUGAAUUCGGCCUAUUUAAGAAACUAGUGAAUCUUUCUCUGUACCGAAACAAAUUAACCGGUCCAAUUCCUCAACAGCUUGGUUCUUGGGCCAAUUUUGAUUUCAUUGACGUGUCAGAAAACAACUUGACCGGUCCAAUUCCACCAGAUAUGUGCAAGCAAGGGACGAUGGAGGCACUUCUAAUGCUUCAAAACAAUCUCACAGGAGAAAUUCCAGCAAGUUAUGCGAAUUGCACUACGUUGAAGAGAUUUAGAGUCAGUAAAAACUCGCUUUCCGGCAGCGUUCCCGCCGGAAUUUGGGGAUUGCCAAAAGUCAACAUAAUUGAUAUCGAGUUAAAUCAGUUUGAAGGUCCGGUGACUUCUGAUAUCAAGAACGCCAAAGCCCUUUGGCAGUUGUUCCUCGGAAACAACCGAUUAUCGGGUGAAUUGCCGGAGGAGAUUUCGCAAGCAACAUCUCUGAACUCAAUCAAGUUAAACGAUAAUCAAUUUUCAGGCAAGAUACCGAGAUCAAUAGGAGAACUUAAUCAACUGAGUACCCUUUAUUUGCAUAAUAAUACGUUCUCUGGUUCCGUACCGGACUCAUUAGGCUCAUGUGUUGCUCUCAAUGAUUUGAACAUAGCCCAUAAUUUACUUUCCGGCGAAAUUCCUUCUUCCUUAGGAUCUCUCCCGAGUUUAAAUUUUUUGAAUUUGUCGGAGAAUCAACUUUCAGGGCAUAUUCCAGACAGCUUGUCCUCUUUGAGGCUAAGCUUACUCGAUCUUUCUCAUAAUAGGUUAACCGGUAGGAUACCUCAAUCUUUGUCAAUUGAAGCUUACAAUGGAAGUUUUAGCGGUAAUCCUGGCCUUUGUAGCCAAACAGUGAGUACUUUUCAGCUAUGCAAGCCAGAAUCCGGCAUGUUGAAAGAUGUUCGUACAGUCAUAGCUUGCUUUGCUGUAGGAGCAGCAAUCUUGGUUCUUGCCCUUGUCUACUUCUUGUAUUUAAAGAAGAAAGAAAAAGAUCAAGACCAUUCAUUGAAGGAAGAAUCUUGGGAUGUGAAGUCUUUCCAUGUGUUAAGCUUUGGUGAGGAAGAGAUUCUUGAUUCUAUUAAAGAAGAUAAUUUAAUAGGAAAAGGAGGAUCUGGAAAUGUGUACAAAGUACUGCUCGCCAAUGGUAAAGAGCUUGCUGUCAAACAUAUUUGGAAUACAGAUUCGGGUGGCCGGAAAAAGAGCUGGAGCACAACCCCAAUGCUCACCAAGCGCGGCGGAAAAUCUAAAGAAUUUGAUGCUGAAGUGCAGACCUUAAGCUCAAUUAGGCAUGUCAACGUAGUGAAACUGUACUGUAGCAUUACCAGCGAAGACUCGAGCCUUCUGGUUUACGAGUACUUGCCUAAUGGAAGUUUAUGGGACCGUCUGCAUAUUUCGAAAAAGAUGGAGCUUGAUUGGGAGACAAGGUAUGAGAUUGCCAUAGGAGCAGCUAAGGGACUGGAGUACUUGCAUCACGGAUGCGACAGACCCAUAAUUCACAGAGAUGUCAAGUCCAGUAACAUUUUGUUGGAUGAAUUCUUGAAGCCAAGAAUUGCAGAUUUUGGACUCGCCAAGAUUGUUCAAGCAAAUAGUGCCAAAGAUUCCACACAUGUAAUUGCCGGUACCCAUGGUUAUAUAGCUCCCGAAUAUGGAUACACAUACAAAGUUAAUGAGAAGAGUGAUGUGUAUAGUUUCGGAGUGGUAUUAAUGGAGCUAGUGAGUGGGAAGAAGCCAAUAGAAGCAGAAUAUGGAGAAAACAAAGACAUAGUGGAUUGGGUUUCUAGCAACUUGAAGAGCAGAGAGAGCGUGUUUAGCAUAGUGGACUCAAGAAUUCCACAAGUUUUUAAAGAAGAUGCAGUUAAGGUGCUAAGAAUUGCAAUUCUGUGUACUUCAAGGGUUCCAAGUUUAAGACCUACGAUGCGAAGUGUAGUUCAAAUGCUAGAACAAGCAGAACCGUGUAAGCUGGUAGGCAUUGUCAUUAGUAAAGAUGGUGCUAACAAGAAAAAGGAAGGGUUCAAUUCUGACAUUUAAGCCAAGGUUGGAGAUCUUAUGCUAGCCAUUUCCACUAGAAGAUGUAUAACAUAUAAUGUAAAAUGUUAGAGUUGAGAUUGGUUGUAAUAUAUAUUAGUUAAGACUUUGCAAUGUUCAUUGGAGAUGUAGAGAGCUAAAGCUUUCUUUUUGUUGUGUUAGUACAAUUGAAGGGCAGAACAGCAGAAGCAGAUGCCAAAAAUCAAAUAAAAAUUAAAGGUCCUUUUUGUUGUCAAGCACAAAUUUAUAGCAUAUUUACUCAUAAUCAAAUAAAAUUGAUAUUGCCAAUCA